AUUGACGCGUAGAAAAGAAGAGAAGGAGGGGAGGAAGGAAACCGAGCUGUGUGUGUUAGAGAGAUACAGGGUGCUCGUGCCUCUGACCGUGCGGGCAAACAGGAAGGAUUAACGAAGACGAAUUGAUUUGUCAGUUUAAGGGGUCUUCACUGAUAGCACUGGUCCACAUCGGGGGUACGUUUAUGCGAUGCAAGGACGAAGUGCACCGCUUCUAUUGGGACACAUCGAGGGUAUAGUCCAAAGCAUUGUUCCCGUGAUCACAUCGUUUUAACGUUACAUUAUGUCAUCGCCCAGCGGAUGGCACUUUGGACACUUGUGGCUCUGACUGAGGAUCGCAUAGUAUUUGUUGUCAUCCUUCAAGAUGGCAAAUGUUAAAUGACCGUUAAAUAGAUUCGUGGUAACACGGUGCAUUUAGCGAACUUUAUUCAUGAAGACAUCAAACGCUUGAGUGUUUUUUAAAAACCCUCUGUAUGGGGUUCACAUCUGUUGUAUAAUAUUUGAUUACUUUGCCCGAUCGGCCCGAUUUUUUUUUCCGACAUCAGAAUUACGCGCCACUGAAGUUGUAUAACUGCGUCUAUAUUUUCUGAACGCGGUUCCACAAUGGAACAAGGCGACACUCGGCGUUGAGGAUGAACCACAGAACCAGUCCCGUCAAGGCAUACGAUUUUCUGCUCAAGUUUCUCCUGGUGGGAGACAGCGAUGUGGGGAAGGGGGAGAUCUUGGCCAGCCUUCAGGAUGGAGCCACGGAGUCGCCGUACGGCUACAACAUGGGAAUCGACUACAAGACAACAACCAUCCUCCUCGAUGGAAGAAGAGUCAAGCUGCAACUCUGGGACACGUCUGGUCAGGGGCGGUUCUGUACGAUCUUCCGAUCCUACUCCAGGGGAGCCCAGGGAGUGAUCCUAGUCUAUGACAUCACCAACCGGUGGUCCUUCGAUGGCAUCGACAGAUGGAUCAAAGAGAUUGACGAGCAUGCACCAGGGGUGCCUAAGAUCCUGGUGGGCAACCGGCUCCACCUGGCCUACAAGCGUCAGGUGACCACGGAGCAGGCCCAGGUGUAUGCAGAGAAGCUGGGCGUGACCUUCUUCGAGGUCAGCCCUCUGUGCAACUUCAACAUCACAGAGUCCUUCACGGAGCUGGCCCGCAUCGUGCUGAUGAGGCACGGCAUGGACCGCCUGUGGAGGCCCAACAAGGUGCUGAGCCUCCAGGAGCUGUGCUGCCGCUCCAUCGUGUCGUGCACCCCCGUCCACCUGGUGGAGAAGCUGCCCCUGCCCCCCGCCCUGCAGUCCCACCUCAAGUCCUUCUCCAUGGCCAACGGCCUCAACGCCCGCAUGAUGCACGGCCGCUCCUACUCCGUCACCGCCCCCUCCAACGCCGCCAACAACGCCGCGACCGGCGGCGGCGGCGGCCCCAACGCCGCCACCAAGAGGACGGGGGCCGUGCUGCUCAAAAAGCCCAAGCUCAUACGCCCCCCUCCUCUGAGCCCCUCCGCCCAGAGCUGCGCCAGGAACAGCUGCAAGAUCUCCUGAGGUGACGGAGGCGGCGCUGCUGGGUGGCGUAGCGCCGUGGUGUAAAGGGCUGCCCGCUGAUGCCAGUCGUUGUCAUUGUCGCGUGAUAUGUUCAUGUGAGCCAUCUUUACAGCGGUUCUACGGUCUGCAUUAUGUCGUCGUCGUCGUCGUCACCUCUGAGUGCUCCGACAGAGCCACACUCAUCCCAGCAGGCGACGAGAGAGUCUGAUGGCGCUCAGAGUUUUGAGCGUUUUGAAACGAGAGCCGGUCGUCCGGCCGCACUCGACGGGGGUCACUGCAGCGCACUUCCUGGAGCGUAUGGGUCCUCAUAACGUUGUAAUAACACGUGAUAAUGUCAUAGUAUGUGAUAACAUGUGUCUCUCACAGACUCUCUACCCACCAAAGCCCUUGGCUCCUAGCAGGUGCAAAGAAUGAGGAGAAACUGGUUUUGAAAUCAAUGUUUUUUUUGUCAAAAAUAAAGAGUGACUUUAUUGAUUAAUUUUUUUCAACAGGAAAAGCAACCUCUAUCUCAGGAUGUUUUGUACAAUUAUAUACAUAUAAACACAUGCAGGCCGUACGUACUGUAUGUCGACACUUUACACAUAACCCGCACACGUUCACUACCCCAGCAUACAACGCACAGGUGUCCAUUGUAUGUCAUUGUAAACACUUGCCCGUAUGCAUGAAGACACUUUAAGAACCAUGUCCAUCUUUUGGAAUUAAAAUGUAUUGUAUGGCAACGCUUUUCUAAAUAACCUGCCACAAAUACACAAUCUAGGGAUCACUAUGCCCCCUGGUCUGAUCAAAUCUGGAUUUUCAGUUUACAGAUUUUCAGAUGAAAAGUUCUGUAUGAUAUUUGUACGAUAUGUAUGAUAUAUUAUUAUAAUUGUUAUAAUAUAUUGUUGUUUGAUAUAAUAUUGUCGUAAAUCGAUUUGGUUUCAGUCUUUUUCCAUGUACAGUGGGUUUAUUGCAAAACGAGACAGCCACCAAAGACAUACCGGAUUUUGAGGAUGUCACUCAACAGGAAACCAGUUUUUUCAACCCUUUAUCAAUGUUUAAUAAGAUCCACAUUUCCAAUAAACUUUUACCAAGGCA